AUGGCUUCUACUUUACAUGUAAUAAUCAUUCUGGCUCUGCACAGCUUAGUUGUUGCUCAGAAUGCGUCUUCUUAUCCAUUGGGUGAUCAGGGGAAUACAACAAAUAAAAAUGUUGCGAUUAUUGUUCUGUAUGAUAUACGUGGCUUCAAUGUGACAAAUACACGACUAUUCUGUGAACGUCUGGCAUACGAGUAUAAGACACGAGUGUUAAUGCCGGACUUCUUCAGAGAUCAACCCACAGCAAAUGCAACCUGGUCACGUGUCCAACAAGAUCUGCUGACUGUCAAUACAUAUCUCAACUCACAAAACUAUACUAAACUCGCUACCAUCGGCUUCUGUUGGGGUGGUCUUCGGGUAAUGAAAGCAUGUGGAAAUGGAAAUAAUAAUUCCUGGACGAAAACACCAUACUUCACCGCUUAUAUUAAUAUCGUUGUUUUAAAUCAUGUUUUCGUUUAUCAUAUAACAUAUAAAAUAAAAUUAGAGAGUGUACCAUAG